AUGGCUCGCGAACGGAGCUGUAGCUGUGCUACUGCAGCUCCCACCGCGCAAAGAAGGGAAGGAAAGAAUGAAGGAAAAAAAAUCUUAAUAGCAAAUUAUGCGUACACGGUGUAAAUACGGUGCAGCGAGUUGUGGAAAUCUUUUUGUGAGCGAAAACUUACACUAUUUAAGUUAAAGUGUGGUAAAUGAAGCAUUUAGAAGAAGUAUUAUCGGUUGAAAGUACAGUCGGCACGCUCUAUCAACGGAACGUACGGGAAAAUGGCUUAUAAAAAAACAUAUGACUAAUCUCCGUGGCUGCGCUACCCAUCCACGCGAAAUACGCAAACGACGGCAAGCCGUAGUGUGUUGGUUGGGGUUCUCACCUUAGGACACUGGUUGCGAUAAAGCAUAGCGCAUUAAACAUUGAUGAACUUUAUCGGUAAAGAAGAAUAGAAUUGUGCAUUAAAGAUGAUUCUACCGUCGACGGACAGAAGUAUACUGAAGCUGUGAUAAGUGAUACCCUACCAGCCAAAUGGACGAGGUGGUGGACAUGGACCCGAACAUGACAAAUCGGUUACAGCAACAUACCGUAGUAUUAGACGAAGGUGCGCAUGCAAGCACAUCCUACUCCAGAGUUUCUCCCCCGAAAGCGAUCAUCGAUAGCAGUCCACUGCAGAGCGCCAUGGACAAGAACAAAGAAUCACUAAAAGUGAAGCUGUUGGUACGACGAUCCUUCGAUCAGCUCGUUCAGCAAGGAAUAAUGCCACCAUUGAAAACAUCCCCGGCAAUUUACGAACAGCGCAGGCAGCUGGAACGAGCCAAAACCGGAGAUAUGCUGAAAGCAAAGAUCAAAAAACGGCCCGAUCGUGUAGAGCUCGAGCAGCGGCACAUCCUCGAGCAAUGCGACAGCAAUGUUGAUCCAAGCUUGGCGGAAAAGCGACGAAUGCUCGAGAAAGCCCUGCUGGUGGAUCAUCUCAACUCGAAGAUAUCACACCGACCCGGACCGCUGGAUCUGAUCGGGAAGAACAUUCUUCACGUGGAGGAACCGAUCGAGCGCAUGGUAAAGGAAGGGCUCGUAGAUUAUGCGUCGACACUGGACGAGUCGAACAUUUCCGUGGCCACUCCUACCACGGUGGGCGAGGGUGAAGAUUCGCUCAGUUCCGAGGGUGAGUCGUUGCACAGCGUGGCUGUAGCAUUAGUAAGUCAACCGGGAGCAACCGCCACACUGCUGCAGCGUCAAAUACAGUUGCAAGCACUGCAAACGCCAACACAUGCACCAACCCAACAACCUCAAACAGUUCUAACAACAGCAAAGCCUGAAUUUUUUACCCUCAAGCCAACGAUACCGAUCGUUGUGAACGAUGGGACGGUAUUGGCGGCGAUCGCUACACCCGUCGUGACGACCGCCACAGCCGUUGCCACCAUUACAGCUGUAACCGGUGGCAACAUUGCAACCGUGGCGGAACUCGCCAUGGAACAAGGUAACAAUAGCAGCAGCAGCAGCACGCCAACCUCCACACUUCGACCAAUACUGCCAACGCCAAGUGCCAACAUUAGCGGCGAUCUUACAUCAGUUCGACCGACACUCACCAUGACAACGAUGCCCUCGGACAUCAAGCUGCUCAGCAGCACCAGCAGUAGCAAUGGCAGUAGCUUCAGCUCCGGCGGUGGCAAAGAGAAGUUGGUGAAGAAAAAGAGCAAAUCGAAGAGCAUCACGAAAGCGAAACCGAUCAAGUUUCACGAAUAUAAAGGACCGCCAAAUGCGCACAAGGGAUCGUCGUCGUCGUCCUCCUCCUUGGCAGGACAUGGUGGCAGCGGUGCCGGCGGACCCGGUGGUUCGGACAACAACUAUCAAUUGAUCAUGCAACAGCAAUAUUUGCUUGAAUAUCUCGAAGAGAUGUGCAAAAAACCGACUGGCGUUUCAUCGCCCUCCAGCCGGGAACAGCAAGUCACGACGGAUGGGGAAGAAAUUGCGGGCAGUGAUCAUACCCCGAUCGAUUCUCCACUCAGUGCGAGUGGCGGCUGUGGUGGUGGGGUUGUAGGUGCCGGAUCAUCGCGAAACAAAAAUUCGGCCAGUGGAGGUAACAGCUCAACAUUGCCCGCUUCACCGGCCGCCGUCGAUCUUGCCGUCGAAACAUUAAAUAAGCUAAAAGUGUCACAACUGAAGAAGUACUGCAAACAGUACAAUCUGGCCGUUUCGGGAACGAAGUCGAAUUUAAUCGAACGGUUGAAACCAUUAAUUAAGUCGAUCGAUGCAAAUGCAGCGUUGGUUGGGUCGCUUGCUGGCAUUUCCAGUCCCGGUCUGAGUGGCGUAACGGAUGCAGAGCUGGAAGAUAACUUGCUAGCGGAACAGCAGAAGCGUAUAGCCGAGCUGCAGCUUCAGCUGAAGAAGAGUCAGGAAGAGCUGGAACAAUUCCGUUCACUGUGCAACAAUCCAUUCGUUGGUACUGGGGGAAACACGGCCACUGGAACGGAGGAGCCGAUGGUGAUCAACGCACCGGUCAGUGUGCCUCCACCACCACCGCCACCUCCUUCCCUUGGCACGGUGCUGGUCGGAUCGCCCUUCUCCAUUUCCACCGGUGACUCGUGCGAUGCACCCUGUGGCGAUGGAAGAGUUAGCGUUGGUGGCGAUGCUGCUGGUGAUCAAACUAGCGAUCGAGUAUCAACCGAUACAACAGUGCCGGCACUCGAAGGUAGUUUUUUGCUGGAAGGACUCACGUCCGCCAAUACCAACGGUGUCGAUUACGGGCACGACAUGCGUGAGAUUUUGCCCCAAGAGCUUAGAAACACGUUGCCCAUAGAUCGUAGCCCAACACACCGUCCUACGCUGGACAAAGUACUCGGACAGGUGCAACCGACCAUAUCCGGGCUGACAAUGAAUACGGAUGCAAACGAAGAUCGCGGUGGCAUGUCAUCGGUUUCGAUGGAACUGGGCAUGCGUGCGUUGCCACGAUCCACCAUGGCCGGAACCAAUGUAAGAGCGAGUGGUGGCGACAUGCAAGAUUUAUCGCUUAGCAUGAAGUCGGUUAAUUUCGACACGGUAAAUGAUGCGGGAGAUACGUCGAUGCAGCAGGACACAAUGAUGCUGAACGACUUUGAAGAUAUCGAUCUGGUGGACUUUCAUAUGCACUCGCUAGACAGUGAUGGACCGUUCCCGAUGAUAACGAACCACGAUCCCGAUCCUACCGGCACGAGUGAUCAUCGGCAGCACACGGCAUCGAUCGAUACGAUCGCUUUGUUUUGCAACAGAGCUGACGCUAAUGGAGGGAAAAUGUUAUCGAACGGGUUUGCCGAUCAACCACAGACUCAGCACAUGCACGAUGAUAUGCUGCACGAUCAUCAGAAUCAGCACACGUAUUUGAAUAACAAUGAUCUGGUGAGCAGUAGCGAUGGUGCCAGUGUAAUGCUGCAUUUGGAUUUGAUGGAUCAUAACGAUCAUCAGGCGAGUCUAAACGCGCCUACCGAGACGAAACCGCUUACCUUCGGGAGUCUUCACCAUGGUCAGCAUCAUCUACAGCAGAACGAGGAUCAUCACCAUCAGCACGCGAGUCACCUUCAGCAGCAGCAGCAGCAGCAGCGACAGCAACAGCAUCAUAGUGAUAGCAACAAUAACACAAGCUACGAUGCUAACCGGACCUCAAUCGGAUUGCUUCGGUUUACCGUGCAGGAUCAGCCUAUCGCAAGUACCAGCACUAGCAGCAGCAGCAGUAGUACCAGCAGCAGUCCCAGCAAUUGUUUCCGAGGGCUGGGAACUUCACUCUCCACGAAACAUUCAAGCAAACAGAACCAACAUCUAAACUUGCACCAACAGCAGCAGCAGCAGCAGCAGCAGCAUCAACAUCACCAGCAUCAGCACCAACAUCAGCAGCAGCAUCAUCACAAUCUGUUAGAUCAACUGUCGGCACCGCCAUCCACCAACAGCGAGAACAGUACGGUGAUUGGUGAUACGAUCGAUUCCUUUCAGGACAAUGCAAUGGAUUUUGAAAGUUUGCUCACAAACGAUACGGACAGUAACUGCCACCGUAUGAUGCUGGACUGUGCGCAGGAUAAGCCCAUGCUAAGCUUUCUGCCGGAUCCGAGCAUUCUAGACUACUUCUCCGAAGAAUGUAACGGUCUCGAUUACGAAAUAAAGCAUCUGGAAUACUAGACGGCGCAGGCACUAUACGACGCGCGGACCGGUUUGGUUCACCGACAGUAUUACUCCAUGUCGCGGGCGAAGCGGCAAAGCAGAAAGCAAAACAAAACGAUGGCGUUCGGUGAGAAGAAGCGGCCAAAGUGGACCCCCGUUGUUUGUUUUUCGGUUUGUCUGCGGUUUUGUCGUCAGAUACACUGGUACACGAUGCGGUGUUUCAGG